CACAUCACAAGACAGUGGAACCGGAGCGCCUUUGAAGUUACUAAGAAACUUUUGUCUGUCUUAGAUUUUUCUGAAGUCUGGAAGGGCACAUUUUUGUAGGUGAGUUCCUGUUAUUCUGUGGGAAAGCAGGCUGUGGCUGUCAACAGAGACACAUUUUUGUGUGAGAGAAGAAUAUAUCAUAUACAUGGUUUGGUGUGUCGGUAAAGAUCAUGAUGUGAAGUACAGCAGGUUGUCUAUGCUAGUGUCUACAAGAGCAAUGGCAACCAAACGAUUGAGUAGAUGGAGUUUUGGAUUCUGGAGCCAUCUGGAUUCUGUAUUUCUCCUGCUCCUGCUCCUGCUGUGCAAUCCAGUAACAUCGAGCACAAAUGUCACAACAAUUGGGACUUCAGCCAUCACACCAUCUACGGCACCCCCAAAUUCAACAACAGUGACUGGAGGAACCACAGCUAUCAUUACCACAACACAUUUAUCUACGACCAAAGUAGACAAUAACUCAUCAAUAGUGCCGUUAACAACAAGCCAUGUUACUGAGCAAAAUACAACAGCAAUGGUGCAAACCACAGCCACAGCUUCUAACAUAAGCACAACCAUCCCAGCAACAACAUUUACGACGGAAUUACACAGCACUGAUAAUCGAACUGUGGAAAGCACACCAUACACAUCCACUGGAAACACAACUGCUUUUGAAACAACCACAAACUUCACAUCCACUGGAAACACAACUGCUUUUGAAACAACCACAAACUUCACAUCCACUGGAAACACAACUGCUUUUGAAACAACCACAAACUUCACAACAUUUACAGGAACACCCGGACCAUCGUCCUCCACCAAUAUAACUGAUACAACACCAACCACUGACCAAACAUUAGCAACGACCGCACCCACACCUUGUAAUUUUUAUCAAAGCUGUGUGAAAGCAUUUUACUGGAUGACUGUUAAUGUAACAGUAACACAUGAAAAUGAAAUACAGAUCCAGACAUGGCUUUAUGGAAGCAAGCUAAGUGCAUGUGCAGUUUUCGUACAAAAGGCUAGGACUGUGGUGGAUCUCACUGACGGUGUACCAAUUGAUGCAUUUAUGAUAUCCAGCAAAAGUAUAGAGAAAUCCAGUCUUGAAGACAUGGAGGUCACAUGUGAUCCAAAAAAUAGUACAAAGAAUGCACAGUGCAAUAUUCUUCUGCAGCUGAGUGCACCUGCCAAUGUUUGCUGCAUUAGAGACGCUCUGAUGGAGAUGAAUUCAGAAAAUGCCAGUGUCCGUAUAGUGGGAACAAUAGAAAGAGUGGGUGUGUGUGCAGAUAACAUAACACAGAUCUCAGAUGGACAAUAUGACAAAUGUGAUCCGACAGUCAAAGUUGAUGCAUGUAAUACAAAACCACAGAACAUCUCAUGUGGAAACAGUACAAAUGUGAUUUUUACACUGGAUUCUCAGGAUAACUGCACUAUAAGUCCAAUGCCAAUGUGUUAUUGUUCUUCACACUGCAAUAGCUCAAAUUUCUUCUAUUACAGUUUUAACAUCAAUGUGAUUACUGUAAUGGACAACAAUAACAGCCAAAUUUAUGAUAUGUUGAAAUACUCACCAUGCACAAACACAUCAUCUGUUUGUAACAUAUCACAGUCUUUCAUAAGUCACAAGAAGGACUCACGAGUGAUUUGUAGAUACACGGAAGGGUUAAAUGGAUCACACCUUUGUAAUGUUAAAGUGAAACUAGACACAGCCAUGGACUUGUGUGAUAUUCGCACGGCUCUAGAGGUCAUCUUAACACCUCAGAAAGAUGUGAUCUUUAAAGGUGUUGUGAGCAGAGUUGCUUUCUGCUAUAAUACCUCUUUGGAUCCUUUACAACAAACUCUCAUGUGGGAGCAAUCUCUGAGUACAAAUUUCAGUUCUGAAGGCUUUUGCAUGGAGCCAAACUUUAAUGGAAACUGCUCAGGGGGUAGUAUAGUCAUUCUCCUGAAUGACAGCUGUAAUUCAUCUGCAACCACAUUCCAAAACAGUACCACAACUCCUCCAUCUUUCACAAGUAACUCACUCUCUAACACAACCUUCAUUAACACUACAGUCACAAUAGAGACAGCUUCUGUGAAUGUAACAACCACAGUGUCCUCAACCACGUCAGGUACAUUAGAUGCUGAAGGAUUGUUGAAGUUGAGUGCAAAUGCCUCGUCUUUAAACGCCACUCAGGUGGAGCAGAUUUUAUCACAGCUAGAGUCACUCCUCUCUGGGCCCAACGUCAGCCUGGCUCUGGCAAACACCUCCGUCAACAUUGUCAACAACCUCCUUGAUGUUCCUGUAGCUGUAAUGACUCCUUUCUCAAAGAGGGCCAUUGGGGUUGUGGACACAGUGGGUCUUAAACUGGUUGUAUCAGGGACGAAUCAGUCAGUACUUUCACAGUCACUGGCUCUGGCAGUGAAGAAAGUCGAUGGGACCAACUUUCAGGAGACGUCCUUCUCCUUAAUUGGAACAUCUAAUGUGCAGAUUCGAAGUAACCCCAGCAUGGAGACUGAAGACAUCAUGGUUCAGGUUCGGUCCACUCCUCUGGGUUCAAUCGUCCUCCCAGCAUCCCUCACACAGAACCUCACGGCAGAACAGCAGCGGCUCGCAUCCAGAGUCCAGUUCAACUUCUUCCAGAAGACCACCUUCUUCCAGGACAAAAAACUGGGUGAACGUAAACUAAACAGCGGGAUUGUGGGUAGCAGUGUGGCUAACCUGAGCAUCUCAGGUCUACAGAAGGAAGUGCUGAUAACCCUGCGAAACACAGGGCCCAUUCCGGCUAACUAUGUAGCUACCUGUGUAUUCUGGGACUUUGGAUUGAAUGAUGGCUCGGGUGGCUGGAAUUCUUCUGGGUGCCGUGUGCUUAAUUCUUCUGCUGAAGAAACCCGGUGCGCCUGCAAUCACCUUACCAGCUUCGGUAUUCUGCUAGACAUUUCCAAGACUGCCAUCAAUGGACCGCAUUCUGACAUUCUGACAUACAUUACGUACAUCGGAUGUGGCAUCUCAGCCAUUUUCCUCUCUGCCACCCUGCUCACAUAUCUGGCCUUUGGUAAACUGCGCAAAGACAUUCCGUCGAAGAUCCUGAUUCAGCUGUGUUUGGCCUUGCUGCUGCUAAACCUGGUGUUCCUAUUGGACGCCUGGCUGGCUCUGUACCCAGAUGCCGUGGGUCUUUGCAUCUCCACUGCUUUUUUCCUGCAUUAUUUCCUCCUGGCGUCCUUUACCUGGAUGGCACUGGAAGCUGUCCACAUGUAUCUGGCCCUCGUCAAGGUGUUCAACACCUACAUCACCCGCUUUAUGGUCAAGAUAGGACUUGCUGGAUGGGGCAUUCCUCUCGUGGUAGUCAUAAUAGUCAUAGCUAUUAACAAAGACCACUAUGGCCUUGUGACGUAUGGGAGAUAUGCAAAUGGAGCGACUAAUGAUUUCUGCUGGAUAAAAAACGACAUUGUCUUCUAUGUUGCUGUGGUGGCGUACUUCAGUCUUGUCUUCCUGAUAAACCUCAUCAUGUUUAUCGUGGUUAUGAUCCAGCUGUGUCGCGUUAAGCAUCAGAACCCUCACAACGUGCAGAAUCGCAGCAGCUGGCAGGAGAUGCGCAGUGUUGCUGGACUCACCGUGCUUCUGGGCCUCACCUGGGGCUUCGCUUUCUUCGCCUGGGGUCCUGUUAACCUACCCUUCAUGUACCUGUUUGCUAUUUUUAACUCUUUACAAGGAUUCUUCAUAUUUGUGUUCCAUUGUGCCAUGAAAGAAAACGUCAGACGACAAUGGAGGACAUACCUGUGUUGUGGCAGCCUGAGGCUGGCAGAAAAUUCAGAAUGGAGUCGCACAGCAACUCAAAAGAUAAACAAAGCCACCAAAAAAGGAGGGUUUUCAUUCCGCUCGGCGAAUUCUAACAAUUCUAGCUCAACGUUCCUGAACCAUGACAGCUUGGCAUCUGAUGCGCCCUUAGGUGUCAGCAACCCGAUGAACGACAGGAUAAUAACUGCAGCAGAAGCGCCCAGCUCAGGUUCUGACAUGGUAUUGAAUGAGAUCAACAACCAGUACCGAGGUCAGAGGUCAUAAUGAAUGAACUGAUCACAGUCGGUAUGAGCGUGUGUGCAUGUAUGUGUUUCGUAUGGUCUAAUGAAACACUGUAUUUCACUGCUAAGUAUUGCGUGUUGUAUAUACAACAGAAAUAUUACUUCAAACAAAGCACUUUAAUUAAUGCAAUUAAAUAAUGAAGCUACCACAGCAAUGCAAAACCUCUUAAACCAACAACAACAACAAAAAAAUUCUCUGAUGGUUUAGGUUGCAUCAUUUUUCUGUGAGUAGUGAACAAACUGGAUAAUUGUGUAUGAAAUGAAAUGAUGUGCUUAAAAUAUGGGUAAAUGAUUUUAUAUAUCUUUUUGAGUCUGGAACAUUCAAAAUCAUGUAUGUUGUCACAUGUAUUUUAUUUUUGUAUUUUUAUAGCUUGUCAAAAUAAUAAAAUGUAUAACAUAAGAGUAUAACAAAAGAAAUACAAGUU